CUGACUUCGGUUUUGAUUAGUCGCAAAUUCUCUGCCUUUUCGGAAACUCCUAUUUGGAAAAAUUUCCGCUGAUAUUUUCGUUUCUCAAAUAUUAUUUGUAUACAGUGAUUUUGUAUUUGGUUACAAUUUCAUAAAUUCGCUAGGAACCAUUCAUAAUUAUGGCAACGAAAAUUAACCACGGAAUUUCUUCAGCUUUCUCGAAACCAUGGAGCGGGACGAUCAAGCCGAAAUGUGUAGAGUCGAAGCCGCUACCAAAGAACCGAGCAAAGUUUUCAGCAGAUUUUCAGCUCAUAAAAUCUGAGCCGUGGAAAGGAAUUUCGGGUUAUGAUCGGACUGAAAUAAUCCCCCUCCCUGGGCUAACAGUGGCGAACUUCAAAAUGAGCCCCUGUUUCAUUCUAAAAGGGAUGUCCACGGAGCCAAUUCAUUACCCGAAUUUCGUUACUGGUUUCGAGAGGAAUCCACAACACGCAGCCAGGACAGCCAUAAAUGUUCGAUAUACAGAAAAAGAUUGGAUUCAUGGUUGCAGUGCGCUCUACACUGAAGCUAAAAAUACAAGACUCAAUUGUGAGAAGGUCCGGACUGAUUCCAUCCGUCUCAUGCGUGAGACUGAUGAGAAAACAGUUAAAGGACAAACAGAUGUAAAGUAUCGAAUUGAAGAACGAUUAGAGGAUAUGACUUUCUGGAAAAACGAACUUAACACUGAGCUAGAAAAAGUCAAAGCUGAAGCCACACUCCUGACUGACAUCAAGAGAAACAUCUCGAGGUCUCUCCAAGACUUAGAAGCACCACUUCACAUAGCUCAGGAAUGUCUCCGACAUAGAGAAGGUCGUCAAGGAAUCGAAAAGGCACGUGACCUCAUUGAAGAGAAACUUCUUGAAGAAGUCGACAACCUUCGAAAUAGUCGACAGAAAUUCGGGGAAUUGCACAGUCUCAUUGAGCGCCAGUUGACUGAUUUACGGAACGCUCAACAUGCGCUUGAGGAAGACGUCGCUCAUAAGGAACAAACUAUGUGUAUUGACAGGAUUUGCCGAGAGUUGGACAACUACAGUCGUGGCCUUAGUUAUCGUGGUGGCAUAGAGAAAACUGCCAUUGCGACAACUACUGCCGAGACAUGGAUCGAAGCGAGUGCCGAACGUGUUGAAAAUGCUCAAGCAGCUCGUGCCAAGUCAGCAGAGCUACGCACCUCUCUUGGAACGUUAAUAGCAGGCAUUGCUGCAUCUGUUCAGGAACACUUCCAUGACACCAAUCAGGCUUUUGAACGAGGUCAAGUGGAAAUGUCGAAUGAAAUCAAAAAAAUUCAACAUCAUUUAAAUGCGGUUAAGGACGAAAAGUUUCAACUAGAUAAAUAUGUUGCAUUAUUGAAGAAGGCCAUACAGGACAAAUCAAAACCAUUGAUGCUUUCACAAACACGGCUUGAAGCUCGAUGUCAUCGCCAAGGGUUGGAAUUAUGUGAAGAUUUUGCACAUCGGCGACUGAUCACUGAAAUCGCCGAUAUUCAAGAUUCCAUUGAAAAAUUGUAUGGGAAACUGAAAGAAGCUGAAUCGAAGUACUACCAGUUGUUAAAAACUCGGAACAAUUUAGAAGAAGAUUUAAAGCGCAAAGUGGACAGUCUUUUCACGGACCGUGAAAAAUGUUUGAGUUUAAGAAGAUCGUUUCCUGUCACUAAAAUGAUUAAAUAUUAAGAAAGUUUAUGUUUAUUAUUUAUUGUAUGAUUAUUAUUUAUAGUAUAUGUUUGCUUGGCGUCAA